AAUAUGGUACAGCUGGAAGACCUGUCCACCGUGGCUGGCGACUGGAGUGAGGUGUUUGAGAGCAGCCGGCUGGUUCCUCCGCCCAGCCACAGCAGCCGCCUGGCCGCGGAAAGCCGCUUGGAGUCCCAGGGCUUCAGGCUCAGCUUCAGCCGGCUCACAGGCGCUCACCUGCCGCAGGAGGUCUCUGAGGGUCAACAGGAAGUGACCUACCAGCUGCGAGUCACCCUUUUUGAUAGGAGACACCAGCAGUUUUUCGGGAAGACGUGGAAGAGUUUGGCCCAGAGGAUGAAAAACAACAAGAUCACUUUCAAUGAGGUAGUGUCAUUUCAUUC